AUGGUCGCCCUCAAACUAGCCUCCGCCGCUCUCAUUGCCCUCCGAGCAUUCACCGUCCUCGCCCAGGACGAGCUGCCCGUGGAAGAGGUCCGCGACUACGCCGACGAACUGGUGGCAGAAGAAACCGUAGGCUCCACGCCCAAUAUCGCCGUCACCAUCAGCACCUCCUUCCCCGACGCCGAGAUCUUCGGCGUCAAACUGGUCAAUGGCCGUUCCACACGUGCCGUCCUCGACGUCACCAACAAUGAGCCGACUUCCAUCCAUCUUCUGCUCGUUGGAGGCUCGCUGACGACUCCCAACGAUACUCCUGGCGCUCCGGACCCGCCAGUGGUGCUACGCAACCUCACGGCGCAGAAGUAUGGCGUUCAGAUCCCGGGUGGGGAGAGCGAGACGCUUACGUAUGCAUUCGCGACGGAGAUGCAUCCGCAGGAUUUGCGGUUGAGUCUUGCAGCCGUGCUGCAGAACAGCGCGGGAGAGGUAUUCACCAAGAUUGUCUACAACGAGACUGUGAGCGUAGUAGAGGCACCACUGUCAUUCUUCGACCCGCAAAUCAUCUUCCUCUACCUUUUCCUCCUCGCCGCCUUCGGCGGAGUCUGCUACUUCAUCUACACCACCUGGAUCACCACGCUCUUCCCACAGAAGCGGCGCGGCGGCAAGGGCGGCGAGCGCGCGAAGAAGUCAAGUGGAGGGAGUAAAAAGGUCGAUCCGGCCGACCAGGCAAGUGUAAUUGGCGCUGAUGGGCCGGCGGUCACGAGUGGGGCGCAGACAAAGGCGUAUGAUGAGAGUUGGAUACCGGCGAGCCAUCUAAACCGCCCGGAGGCGAGGAGGGUCGGCAGUGGAAGGCCGAAGAGCAGGGCUGCCUGA